CAGCCACUGUCUCCCUCGCCGCCGCCGCUGCAACAGGGGACAUAUUCGCCGUUAAAUCAGCUCCACUCACCCACUCUGCUCCACUGCAGCGCGAGCAGACCAUCCUCGCCUCCUUAAACUCUCCCUUCAUCCUCUCUUCCCUCGGCUUCGAAGUCACCAAAGAAACCAGCGGCGCACUUUUCUAUAACCUAUUCCUCGAAUACGCCGGCGGCGGCUCCCUCGCCGACGAUAUCAAGCGGCGAUCCGAUCCCCUUAAAGAAGCGGAAAUCCGCUCGCGGGCACGAGAUAUCCUCAUCGGACUUGCUCAUCUCCACAACUCCGGCGUCGCACACUGCGAUCUGAAGCCGGGGAAUGUCCUGAUUGGAUCUGACGGUCGCGCUAAAAUUGGCGAUCUGGGAUGUGCGCGGUGGAUCGCCGCUGGCGAGAGGGAGAUCAGGGGAUCGCCGAUGUACAUGUCGCCGGAAGCGGUGAGAGGAGAGGAGCAGGGGUUCCCUGCCGAUAUAUGGUCGUUCGGUUGUACGGUGAUUGAAAUGGCUACCGGUCGGCCGCCGUGGCCGGAUGUCACCGAUGCUGUGGAGGGAAUUAAUCGAAUUGGAUUUUCCGGCGAAGUGCCGGUAAUUCCGGAUUGUUUUUCGGAUGAGGGCAGAGAUUUUGUAAAUAAUUGCUUGAAGAUGAAUUCGACGGAGCGGUGGACGGCGGAUGAGCUUCUGCGUCAUCCCUUCGUCGAAUGCUCAAAUUCUUCCUUGAAUUGCGCGGAUUUGAGUUGGGUUUCGCCGAAGAGUACUCUGGAUCUGAGGGUAUGGGAGUUCAAUGAAGGAGAGGAGAUAGAAGAUGAAGAGGAAUUCUUGAAUAACCCGGCGCCCGGUAGAAUCGAAGAGCUCGCCUCAGGCUCUGCGGACCCAAAUUGGACUUGGGAUGGAGAUUGGGAAGAUGUUCGGAAAAUGACCGGAGAAUGCGCGGCGGAGACGGAGGUCGUGAUCGCUGUUACUGUUGCCGGCGGCGAGUUGGGUGUCGGCGAUUUCGUGAUUUUUGACGAGGAUGCUAGCACGAGCGGCGGUGAGGAAAUCGUGCGGGAUGAAUCGCGUGAAAGUUGGGGAUGGGAGAACGGGGAUGACGAGUUGAAUCGUCUUCGCCGCAAAAUGGGAAUUGUAGAUAGUGGAGUUACUGAUUCUUUGGGCUUUCUAAUUGGUUCUUUGCUUCGGUUUUUAGUUUGGCAUUUUGUUUUUGGAAUUUUUUGUCUUGUUUGAUUCUUGAUUUGAAUAGUGAAUAUUUGGUAGUUUAUACUUGAA